AGCAGCUCAGUCAUUUGCUCCGAGUACAGUCUUUUGUUACAAGGCCCAGCUCUUUUCUGAAUUCGGGCACUCCGGCUAUGCUACAAACCCAAGGUACCCGAAACCAGGCUCCCCAGUGCAAAGUGGUUAAGAUCCGGGAAUAACGUGCACAUUUCCCCCCCCCCUUGGUGUACCUGUGAUCUCUUUUGCCCUGAAACCUGGGAGCUCUGAUGAAUUAGAUGCAUGUACAAUGUAUGUGAGUGAACAGCCGUUGUGACUGAUUACAAAUGUGAGUGCACCUUAGGAGUGCUGAUUUGUCUGAAAGAUGUUUGCCAAAGAAAUGAAUUUUUCAUUAGAUCUACUGACAGAUUAAACAAUGCUAGCAAAGCAACAGUAUAACAUGAAGAGAUUAAGAAAUGGACUAUCAGUAUUUUAAACACAUUUUUUGGAAGAGUGUUGUGCAGUAUUGUUUCACUUUACUGCAAAACUGUGUUUGAGUUUUAAAAAAGAGGAUUUAGUGAAAUAGUUUGGAUGAAAAGAUACAGAGUAUUUUUUACUAAUCGGCAACAAACCUGGAAUGAAUUUUAUUGUGCUUUGGUCGUUUUCAAACCUAUUUUAUAAGGCAAGUCACUGUUCUCCAAAUCUUUAUUCCAACAGUAAGUUUUCCAGUACUGGCUAUUUCAAAGAAAUGACGUUUUCCACAGAUUGUGUCUUCCACUGACAAUUUGUGAUUUUUCCUUACAUGCUUUUCUCUCUUUUCUCAUUUUUGGGAAUUUUUGUUUUGAAGUAUUAGCCAUCAAGAGCUGAAUUGUACAUUUGUUGACAUGAAAAAAAUUGCUCUCCUGUGUUUGGCAAUUUUGUAGCAGGUAUAAAAGUUAGUUCAUUUAUAGUUUGUUGAUUAAAAAAACGGCCAAGUGGGGCACUUAAAUGGCAGCAAACGUCGAGCUGAAGUCAACCAAUUCAGCAGUAAGGUUGUUGACAUUGUGGAUCUGGCCUUCUGUUUGGUUGAUUCUUGGAGACUUUUCCUUCCAAUGAAUGUGCCAGCGAUCAGUAUUCCAUCAGUGCUUUACAUAAAAUGAAGUGUAUUGUCUGUCGAAGGUCAUUUGGGAUAAUCAAUAUGGCCAUACAUGUAUGAGAUAGACCCUACGUGCUCAAGUGGGGUUGUACACACACUUACACGCACCGAUCAUGUUGGAAAUAAUGUACGUUUGUAAUGUGCCAUAUCUGUUCUGUCCGAUACUCCUAGCGCAUGCUGAUAACGUGUUCCUUUAACAAAAAGUAGCAUGACAUCAGCUGUUUUCAUCCCAAAUCAUCUUUUCUCAUUGAAAUAAUAGUUUAAAUGCUCGUGUCUUCCCUGAAUACCAAAAGUAGAGAGUGCUUGGUAAUUUUACUCUGUAUACUAACCGAAAAAAGCAAAAUUCAAAGUUCCCACACUCAAGGACAUCAAUGGAGGACUGGGGGCUGUCAGCCUUCCACAUUAGUGAGAUGUAUUGGCAAAUUAUGGUGCUGUCGGCAAGAAUGCGGAAGGAAAUGGAAAGGGAGGGUCACGGUCACAUACAAUGUAGGUGUCAAGUCGGGGAGUCAGACUACCAUUCCACUCAGGAAAUUUGGGGAUGGUCCAUAGGCGUAUUUCUGAAUGGCAACCCCCCCCCUGUUUUGAAAUAGCCUAGUGACGUCCAUUGUACAGACAGAAGGCAGCAGUACCAGACCACGGUGGUAUGAAUGGUAGUUAAUUUAGUCUGAGUACAUUCUGCUGAUGGCAGUGCUGGUUUGCUCUAUUUAGUAGGUGGGAUACAGUGUCGGUGUACCAAUGCCGGAUCUGGAUCCGUGCAAAACAAACAAGCCCGUCGAGAAGGGAAGUGUUCAUUCUUCUGGGGAAAGGGUCAGAAGCACAUCACAAAUCCACCGAGGGAAGAAUUACGAAUGAGUCGCAAUGACACAAGUAACCUCAUAACUCACCGUGGCAAGUCUACUGAAUGCAGAAUCGCAAAGUGCCUUUCCCUGAGCUGUAUUGUGUUGGGAUGUACAUGUAGCCAAAGAGUAAAGUCUGAUUUCACGGAGCACAGCCAUUUUGCAAAACACAGGAAAUAUUUGGCUAGGAAAAACAGGUUAUCAGCCUAAAAGUCACGUGAAACCUGCUUCUUGUUACUGGAACUCAGGUGAUGUGUUGUCAGGCAUGCCAUGCAAAGCUACGAUGUAGUCAUUUUUUGGAAAAACCAAAAACCCACAAACACCCCCAAAACCCCCAUAAAUUUGGGUCACCUCGCAUCUCAGGACCCAGGGUAUUGCCCUAAUUGCAUGUACCUCAUCAUGCCUUGUAUUCCUAAUGAUUCUUGUGCCACUGCAGCAUGCUUUUUGUUUUUGCCCCGUACAAGUUAUCCUAGAUGUCCUUGAGAAAGGCUUGAUGUGUCACGCAAGGAUGCCCAACCAGCCAUAUGUUGUGUGUCGUGACGGCAAGAUCGUAGUGGCCGCAUGUAUUGUGCAGAUUUGACAGGUGGGCAUUUCAUGUGGGCUGCCUCUUAAAUGUCAGUUGGAAAGAUCAGUGAGCUGUGCAGCACAUGUGAAGCAAGUAGGGAGAUUGUUUUUUCUACUUUUGGCAGUGUAUAGGGAGAUGAAACGGCAAAUAAUUGGGUUUAUGGAUCGUACAGCCUAAUAUGCAUUAUUGUGAUAAGGUUAAGUGAUGUGAAUGCCGUGAAAGUUGUUGGAGAAAUAUACUGCGCUUUUUGCUGUUACAUGUGCUGACUUUUUCAUUGUGUGAACAUUUUAUUUUAAGUACAUGGUUGCUUUUUGGUGGAAACAAUGAUAAAACGUAAUGUUUAUGCUUUUACUUUGUUAACCUGCAUGAAGCUUGGCAAGUUUCAACCUGCGGGUUCAGUGCAUCACUGAGACAGGGCUCUUUGUUACCUAGCAACCUCUUCCAUUGGGGGAGACAUUCAUUUGUGCGCACAUAGGGCGCCUUGUCCGCACAAACAUUGUUUUUCUUAAAAUGCACAGUCCGGCCAGGGACAAUAUCCAAGGCACACAGGAGCAGUGGCAUGGAAGUCAUCGGCCAGACUUUCUCUUUGUAGCAGUAGGGGAAUACUUAUGCACAGGGCUAUUACUCUGGUUAUGGAGACAACGAAAAAUAGCUUUGGAGGCUAGGUGCCGUUUGAUUGAGGUUCGACAAUCAUUUAAAUAUCCAAAAUCUAGAUGCAGUGCAUCAUGACCAUAAUUUUAAGUGUUGAAAAUGACAUGUAAGUUGUAUUUGUACAAUGUGUUACCUCAGGCUGAGUAUUUAUCUGCAUAGUUUUUUAAAAAUGGUAAUCUCGGUUACCUUAUCAAGUUUAUGAAAACAAUGAUCGGGUGAGGCUUGAAGUUUAGAGGACUAAAUGCAAAAAGCUUUUUGUCAGGAAUUCUUUCAGCAUUUAUUUAAGUUUCCCAAGUUUAAGCCUGUUGUGUGCUAUUUGUAAUGUGUAAUUUGUUUUGUGUUAUUAUUUAUAGUGCAGUUGUUUUUAGGUAGGUGUUUUAUAUUUUGAAUCAUACUAAUAGUAUUGUAAGUACAAAUUAUUUAGGUUUAUGCAGAGUUCACUUUGGGCUGUGCAGUGAGUCAUUUAGAAUGAUUCCAAGAAAUGCUGCUCUGUGAUUGCAAGACUGCCAAAAUAAUAAGAAAAAGAAAAAACAAAGAGAUUAUGUGUAUAUACACCGUCAUACUUCCUGAAAACCAAACCAAAAUUUAAAAAUCCUUUAUAUGUUAUUCUUGCCAGACUUCAGUUUCCCUAUUUCUUUGGAGUCAGGGUAAAAUAUCAAUUUUAGGGUAUAGAACAUGUAGAUGUUUUAGUGGUAUGGACAAAUUGCCUGUUUGUGGUGGCAAGGCUCACAAAGCAUUGAUAAAACCAGGAUAGCAAAACUGCAAUCUUGUGAGAACAUUUGCAGAUUCUAGAAAAACUGCUGGCCGGGGUCAGAAAAAUCAUGAGAAAUUAUUUGAUCACUGGCUCAAGGAUGAAAUUGACAACUAGUUACAGUCUUCUCUAACCCAUGAAAGUAGUCUAGUGACCCACUUGUCUCCCACCAUGUUUGAAUAGUGGCCACCAAGUUAUAACGCGUGGCAUCUAAAGUUGAAUAUUUUGGGGUGCUUUAUUUACAUUCUUGAAUAUUUCAUUUUACGCCACUAAUAUAAAUCUUGAUGAAUACGCUGUUUAUAAGUGUCUUUGAGUGCUUCCAUUUUCAAAGAUGUCACUGAUGCCAAGGAAUGAACUAAGCUACUGUCAGGGUCCAUUAGUGUACAAGUAGUGAAUGUGUAUGAGUGCAGUAGGUAGAAUAAUUUCAUGAGGUGACAGAUGAAAUGUGCCAUUCUGUGAGACGAAUGUGAAGCAUUAAGUAUUUGGUUUAUACAAUAUCUGCAUAAAUCCUCUUGCUUGGAGAACAAAUGGUCCUCACGUAUUACGUGUCUGCCAUUUGGGCUUGGGGUCAGUGUGAAGUGGUGAGCAAAGCAUCUCCAUUUUGCACUUUUUGCAGCAAACGUUAGGAUGGUACUUGGAACAUGUGCAUGGUACUGUAGACACUCAAGUUUUGCACUUGAUUGAUUUUCCGAAAGGGUUGGAUACAGUUCUUUUAGGGGGCUGUGUCCCAUUGCAACAGAAAGACAUUGUAUCUGUCUUCUAUGUAGUGAUUAUUGUAACCAAUUGUAUUUCAUUGGCAUAGUUGGGACAUGCUGUGCAUGUAUAGAUUUACAAGAAUGGUCCCACAACUCAUUUUUGUAUUAAAAAAAAUACCUGUAAAUGGCUUCGUAAAAAGUUAUUGUGAACGACACAGUUAUGCUUUGUAUUUUAACUUUUGUGCAAGUUGAUAGAGAGUGAUCUCUCAAAAGCCAGUCUUCUUGAGCACAUCCAGCAGUGAAUAAGGUAACAGUUUUUGCACCAGUAAAGCAAGAUGUUUUGACAGGCUUGAUCGAUAUAGACAAGCUGCUUUGGAUUAUAGUUCAUACUGAGUGCCCCCCACCAAAAAAAAGCCCUAAAAUCUUAGGGCCCUGGGCAAAAACUUUGGGGAUGUAUUUCAUUCAACUUUCCUUUCCUCAUGAAUGUGUGAAAACUGACAUGUAUUUUGAUUAAUCAUAGUGAAAACUGCACUUCUUUAAACAUGAACAAUUUUUUACCACUCCAGCAAAAUGAUCAUGCAAGAUAAGGCUAAAUUGGCUACACCUGACUAUGUUUCAUUACAUGGAACAUUUUAAGAACAGCAAAUGUAAGAUAAUACAAAGUGAUUAAAAAAAUUAACCAGCAUGAACUCAGUUUCUAGAGUUGCUCUUUUUUUUUCUCUGAUAAGAUGAUCACUUUCUGUUACAAAGACUGUUACAGACAUUUAUGGUGUGAGAACAUUUUUGAAGGCAUGUGAAUGUGUUCAGAAUUUUUUACUGUGCUUGAAUAUUUCAAACAGGGUAGUUUAUGAGGAUCUUGAAGUUUUCUCAGCCAAACUGAUCAAAUUGUCACUAAAAUGGUAGCCAUGUUUUCAAAAGCUUAUUUGCUUGAAUUUGCAGUUAUUAGUAACAUAGAAUAUGCUGAAAUUAAAAAAGAGUUUGCGAACAAAGGCAUUCCACCUCCACAAAAGCUUUAGUGGAUAAGUUUUAAGUCUUUAAAAUCUGUAAUGGAGGGAGUGUAGUGAAAGAGUUGAAGUCGGAUUUGUCAGGAGGGGUCGCUGAAACUGGAAUUAAGCCAGUGACCGAAGGCCAAGGAUAAUGAAUCGAGAUGUGAAAUAUUAUGUGAAUUUGUUUCAGGAGAGGAAAUUGCAUACUUUUGUCCAGGAGUAUGUAAAUACAGUGUAUUGGGAAUAGACAGUUUCAACCACAGCACUGCCAUUAACCACCCAUCUUAACUCAAAACAUUUUCAACAACUGGGAUUAUUUAAUCAUCAAGGCUCAUGUGAGUGGCUUUAAUGGACACUGGACUUACAGAGUUUGUGAAGUACUUGUUAGCGUAAAUGUUUAAAAGUUGCCAUUUGUAGAGGCAGGGUGCUGUUGAUUUUUAAUGGACAAAAUAAUGGAGCAGAUGUGCUAAUUUUGUAAAUCCUGUUUAAGAUUGUGUGCUAUGACAGUAGCUGGGUAUUUGUCUGUCAGCGGUUUAUUUUCUGCAGCUUUGAAACAACCUGAUGUGCUAGUUGGACAAGGCAAAAGUAGUAUUUCAACAACAGAACAAACAUACUUGAAUGUUAACUUCUAGCUUUGCUCAGUUUUUAUAAGAUUAAAUUCUUUAUAAGAAAGUGAAGGAGGUAUGUGGAAAGUUAGCAGUUGUAGACCUGUAACAAACGCUUUGCUCGUGUGUCUGCUUUCCUGUAGCAUUGAGAUGGGACACGAUUCAUCAAGUCCCAAUAGGAAAGCACAGAUAAAAGCAAAGCAUGACAUCAUUAUGUCACAGGUCUGUGAACUUUGUGUGGUGGGCUUUGAUGUGACAUCACCAUCUUUAUAUGAAAACUGAUUAGAGAAUGUUAUAGUAGAUUAAUUAUUUUACUGACAAAUUUGCAAAAAGCUGUCAGUAACUUCUUUUCUCUUGUCAGGAUUCUCCUUGUUUAUUAGAUGUAUAGAACAGGUUUAAGUCCCAUUUUAUAGAUAGAUGAACAAAUGAUGUAAUGUGAUAUUGGACACCACUUUAAGUUGGAAAAACUUUGCAUCAGGGAACAAACAGAAAAGUCUUAUUUAAUUAGAUCAAGGCUAACAUGUUUGUUGAGGUUUGGGAACACAAGUUGUUAUUGAGGUCCCAACAAUGGGUGGAUCCAGAGCCAAGUUUUUGACGGGGCCAUUUUUUUCAAAGAGGUGCCCCCAAAUUUGAGGAUUUCAUUAUAUAACCUUAUGGCCUAUCCAAGGGUUGAGGGUAAGCGUAAGGCUUUUCACCUACUUUUGAAAGGAAGGGAAACGAAAUAGACCGAUAAGAUUGGUCCCUGUCAUAAUAUGAAGUCCCCCAUUUGCACCCCUCCCACGUUUGCCCCUCUGGAUCUUGCAGUGAUCCCAACUGUACCAAAGUGAAUUACUUUGUCUCCAUGAUUACUUGGAUUGGUUGUCUUUGGAAACCAUCUUUAUCCGGUCCAGUCUUCAUCUUCCAAAUCUAAGUUAUUUUUAUACUUAUGUCAUAUGUAAUGUAUUAUUUCUGUUUACUUCAUAUUAUUCUUGUAAAAGUUUUGUUUUUUAAUUUUUUUUUGAAAUAAAGUUCUUUUCCCAUCAUUUAUGGUGCAUUUUUGUGAACUUUGUGUGCUGAAUUUGUACUGCUAUAUUUACAUUGUUUUUAAAUUAGAGGAACAGUAAUAGAAAUACAUAUUUCUCAUGAAAUUUAUGUAAUAAAUUUUACAUUGGACAAUAGAUGUUCAGGAUGGAACUGAAGUGUUUAAAAUUUGCCUCAAUUUUGUGUUUGGACUAAAUUUUAACUAUAAAAAGAAAUUUAGUUUAUAUAUUUUAAAAAUUUAGUUUAUGUAUUUUAACCAAUAUAAACAUAUUCUUUACCCUUUUAUAUUGAGCAAAGCCUGAUGGGAAGAGGUAUUGGUUUUGCAUUAAUUUACAAAAACAAAAUGCUAGUAUUGAAGCGAGAGACCAUUAGAACCUUAACUUUUACAAUUUCUGGCCCACCCCCUUUUGGGGGGGGGGCAUAUGGUCCCGGAUCCGCCAAUUGUUGAAUGUUAUACUGGAUCAGUUGAUUUGAAUAAGGGGGUAGGAAAUUUGCUUUAGUCUGUCCACUGCAGAUAAACAUGAAUCGCAGUCGGCAAAAGUAAUUGCGAUUUGAAAAUUCCAAAUCAGAUUAAAUGUGUUAAUUGACAAAUUCUGAGUGAUUGGUUGAGCGCGCUGUAGGUUGUGUGUGCGUGUCAGCGCUUAGCGGCACGGCGGGUCACAUGUGUUUUCACCUCAAAAGCCCGUAUCCAAGCAAUGCCUGGAAUGAUGCAUUUUUUGAGAGGGGACUUGCUGGUACUGUCUUACAAAUUUACAAUAUAACUGUACCUAAUUAAUUUGGAAUGAAGGAAGCUAGUUGUAGCAUUCAAUUUCAUUGAAGCUCAAUUAUAGAUUAUCAGGAUAAAGUUAUCCCAUUUAUUGUGUGUCCACUCAAUGAAUUAAAAUAUUACAAUUUAAGCUUUCCCGUAAAAAAAAUAGGAAAGUCCAGAAGCACCUGCACGUACAUACGUAGUAAAUGAACACUGAGGCGUGCUUGUAUAAGUUGUAAGCAGUGGGUUGCAGAUUGUUAGAAGAAUACUUAUUUAUUUAAGAAAAAGCUUGAAAUGACACAAUUUUGGGGAGCAUAGUUUCCUUGCGUUGCAUGUUUGGUAUCUGCAGUCAGUGUGUAAGUAAUCAUGUUCAUAGUUUGAUUGUCGACGAAGCUAUUCAGUAUUUUGUGAACAUUUAUUGAUGAUUGACUAAACCUCUGAUCCACGCAUCAACAUGGCGACCGCAGUAGUGCAAAAUCGACGUCCAACAACCUCGGCCGGAAUACCGUCCAAUUUGCCAGUUAUCGAGCACCCGAGAGCCCGUCUUGGGGACAAAAACACCCUGAAUGUUCGGGGCAGUAACCGAGGGGACCUGAUCACUCCCCUAGGCCGCUGCUCGCCUCCGUCCGGAGACGAAGGCCGAGCGGGUGGCGACGCUCAGGCCAACGGGCUAAAUAGAAAUUUGCCCCCACUGAAAAAGGGGGAGGGGGUUCCCGUCCAUUCGAAGGAGAAAGAGAACAGACAACUGGGAGAGUCUUUGGACAGCAGCGUGGGUGGAGGGUUCAGCAGACGGAAACACAACAGAAUGCUCACUUGGCCACCAGUUCACGAGCAGCAACCAGGUGAAAAGCGGGCAUUUUCUGCCAGAGUGCAAGGAGUCUAUGGAACGCCAAGAAAGAAAUAUGUACCAGAAGAGCUUUUUGAGAUAAUCCGGGAGAAGCUAACCACCAGUUUCCAUGGUCUCCAGCAACUCUUCCGAGCCAACGACCCCCAAGGCAAUAGUACUGUCUCUAAGAUUGCCCUGACCCGUAUUCUGUAUCACCUUGUUGGUUAUCUGACCAGGGAGGAGGUUCAAAAACUACUAGCUAGGCUGGGACUUGAUGAAAUGGAGACGGUCUCUUUUGACAAUUUUAUUGCCUGCUUCCGUGAUAACGAGACUGUAAAGAGGGAGUGGCUGAGUCCCGCAGCAAGGAUGGAGCUGUCAGCCGAACGCAAGAAGAACCACUUGGAGGACCACCUGUGCUUCAAGAAGCCUGUACCUGAGCUGGUGAUGGCAACGUAUGCCAAUGCCCUGCUGAAGGAAAAGUGCAGGCACAGUGACUUUGACAUCCGACGUCAUCUAGCACCCUCGUGCUUUGACCCAGGGGCAGUCAUUCUGCCACCACAGUUGGAGGAAUGUCUGGCGAGCCUUGGGGUCAGGCUGGACGACUACGAAAUGCAGAAAUUAUGGGAAAGGUACGACUUGGAAAAUACUGGGGCAGUCAACAGCAGUUGGUUCUUCAUCCAGAUUGGUCUGGACAGUAGAGGGCACCAUUUAGCGCGGGCCAAGACAGCACCCCCGCGAGUCAGGAACCAGCCCAGGACUCCAUGGGUGCCCCAGAUACCAGAGGAAACUCAGGAACUUGUUGAGGAAACGGAGAAUGUGGAGCCACCGAUGGAACGGCCUCCUACUGAUGUUCCAAGACCACCCUCUGUUGACAUUAUCUCUUUCUUGUUAAGAAAGAUGGAGCAGAAUUACCACGGAUUCCUGAUGGGCUUUGAGCAUUUUGACCACAGUAACGACGGCACAGUCUCCAGAGCCCAGUUCCGUGACAUCCUUCUGGAGUAUGACCUUCCCAUGGUACCAGCGGAGAUAGAGCACCUGCUUGAAAGAGCCAGCCUGCGCAGAAAAGAUGGCCGCGUUAACUACCGGGAUUUCUUGCACAAGUUCAUGUCAAGGAUGAACAACGGUAUCGCUCACCGCAUCAUCAUGGAUGGCACACACAGAUUCAAUACCAGAGCCCAAACCCCCGCUGGGCCUCUAACAGCCCAGGAUGCUGAAGCCAAAUUAGUGGAAAUGUUUCAUAAGGACUUUCUCAGGCUUCUAGCCACGCUCAAGAGCCAAGACCAGUACAACCUCAAGCUGAUUACCCAGAAACAGUUCAGAGACAGCGUGGACAGGGUCUUCGGGAUCCGUAUGAGUGACCUUCAGCUGGACCAGAUCCUGGUAGAGAUGGGUGUCAACUUGGACGAUCUGGUGCCUUAUCCAGAGUUCCUGGCCAUUUUUAACCGGAAGAGACCUCCACUUGUGUUGCGCUCCCAGACUCCUCGACCCCAGUCCCAGCAGCUGGCUGACCGCUCCUCCCCCACCGCCACCGUCCAGAGGGUCCCCACCCCGGAGGACUACGUGGUGCCCCCCAACCUGGCCGGACCUGUGGAGUUUGGGGACGGCCCGCGGCAGAGUGGGGGCGGAGAGGGAUCAGGGAGGGCGGCCAGUGUGGGCACGACAAAGAGGAAAGGGAUGGAGACCAGAUACAGACCGGUCAAGGAGAUGGAAGACACAAUCGAGGAGUUGCUACGAAGACGAGGCUAUGAAGCCCAAGAGGCCUACCACAAGAUAGACCGCAAGGCGACAGGGAGACUGUCCAAGACCCAGCUGCACCAGUGGCUUCAGGAACUUGGGGUUCUCCUGCACCCAACAGAGCUGCAGACACUUUGGAGUGCCUUGGACAUAGCCAGAGAUGGCCUGGUCCACUACGCUGAGCUCUUUGACUACUUCAUCAGCCGGUCGCGACGAAGGGAAGCAGCCGCUGCAGCAACAGCAGCAGCCAAGUUCAACCGGCCAGCCCCACAGAGGCGGAGCCCCAUCCUGCGGGAGGCACAGUCCCAGCCCCAAGUCCGCAAGCGCCCUUCCAAUGAGGACCGUGACCAGGGCCGGGAGUUCUUUGGGACGCCGGCCGAAGACAUUGUGGCCAGGAUCAGACCGCAGGUUCUCCAAAGCUGGGAUGAGCUCAAAAUGUGUCUGCGAGAAAUGGAUCCAUAUGGCGUUGCCAUGGUUCCCAUCCCACAAUUCCAAGCACUUCUAAAACAUGUCCACAUCAACCUGUCACCGGGUCAGUUCGAGAGGCUCUCCUCCAGAUUUGAUUUCAGCCAAAACGGACAGUUUCACUAUCUACAGUUCCUCCAGUUGUUUGUUGACUCAAACAGGAAGUCAAGCAAGACCGGCAUACGAGUCACUGAUCAGAAUGAAAAAGGAGGGCAGCAGAUGACAGUGUCUUCCGCUUUGAUAAAGAUCAGGAAGCAGCUUCUCCACGACUGGAAGAGCCUGCGGAGAGCCUUCAAGAAGGCAGACCUGAACCACGACGGCUACUUGAACGUUCCUGAGUUCCGCCGCAUCCUGGCAGAGAGCAAGAUCCGCUUUGAUGAGGAGGAUUUCUACCACAUCGUCUCCGAGCUGGACAAAAAUCUUGACGGCCGGAUCUCCUAUGAUGAGUUCAUAUCCAGCAUGAUGUCUGUCUGAGAUCAUCUGGAGGAUGUUACGAAAUGCACAAAAGUAGGAUUUCUUGUCGUGGGAGUUGGAUUUUUUUUUUUUAUAGAAAUACCACCCGUCUUAGAAAUGUUGAAGGUGAAAUAUCCAGUUGUUUGAUACCUGAAAAUGUAAAGUAUUAAAGAUUAUUUUUGUUUCCAAGAGUGCUCUCUGAACUACUUUGAUAGUUGUUUUGUGAACUGUAAUAGUCACACAAUUUACCCACCUUGUCAAAACAAGAGACUAUCAUUUGCCAUAAGAAACAUGCAGGUGAACAUAUUUAUGGUGUCCUAUUCAGCAUUUGUUCUCACACUGAAAUUUAAAAAGAAAUUCUAUUUUAAAGAUACGUACGUAGACGUUCCUCUAUAACUUGUACAAAAGAAAUAGUAUUUCGUAGUAUUGUGUAAACAUACUUGUGUAGGUGAGUGGAAUUAUUAAGCCUAUUUAACUUUUACCUUGAUAAUCAAGUUAUCGCACACUUGUAUAUUUCAAAUACUCCCAUCGUUUCCAGACCUGUUGCUUCGAACACAGCAUUUUAAAUUCACAGAGUAUUUUCACUUUGACAAUACUGUAAGCAUAAACAAUUCAGUAUCUAA